UUCAAGCAUGGCGCCCUCACCUACAGUGGCUCUUGUAAGCAAAAUGUUGUCGUUUUCUCGCCUGAUUCUUUUCUCGGUGCUUAUCGUUGUAUUUAGGUACUCGUCGUCAACGAAAGCUCAAGAUGUUGUUGGUUGCGGAGGAUUCGUUCAAUCAGACGUGGACAUCAACUACUCUCUUAUACAGAUGAAGCUGUUAACCAAGCAGGGAAUCAUCAAGUCUCAAACAGAAUGUGCACCAAACAAUGGCUACUUUCUCAUUCCAUUGUAUGACAAGGGAGUAUUUAUGUUGAAAAUUGAGCCUCCUGUUGGUUGGAGUUUUGAUCCAAACAGUGUGGAAUUAAACAUAGAUGGUACCACAGAUAGAUGUAGCAAAGGAGAGGACAUAAACUUUGUGUUUACUGGUUUCACACUCGCUGGAAAGGUUGUCAGUAAAGGUAGAGGACUUGGACCAUCUGGAGUGGAAAUUUCUCUGCAGGAAUCAGCAGGUGAUAAACAAAGGAAGACAGUCACUGCAGAAGGAGGAUUUUUCAGUUUUUCUCAAGUCAUGCCUGGAAAAUACCAUGUGAAGGCUAGCCACUCCUCAUGGACUUUUGAAAAUGCUGAAGCAGAAGUGACAGUGGAGUCCAGCAAUGUUGAUGUUGUUGAUAAGAUAGUAGUUUCAGGAUAUGAUGUAAAAGGUCAUGUUUUGAGUGAUGGUGAACCUAUUCAAGAUGUUGGAUUUCUUCUGUUCUCUAAAUCUGUAGACCAAAAGAACUUUCCUGGAUGUGAAGAUAUCCCACCUGACGUAGUAGAGAUCAUUAAAACAAAAAUGGAGGUUGAUGUGCCUCUUUGCCGUGUCAAGUCUGGUGUUGAUGGACUGUUUGUCUUCCCCAGCAUUCCGAGUGGAGAGUACACACUGGUUCCAUAUUACCAAGGAGAACUCAUAACAUUUGAUGUGGUUCCCUCAAAGCUUACUUUCUCUGUCAAUUACAAAAGUGUUGUGUUGAAGACUCCAUUCCAAGUGCAUGGAUUUUCCGUUACUGGUCAAGUUCUCACAGCAGAGGGGCAAGGUAUUGCAGAUGUGAGCAUUACAGCUGGUGAAGAAAUUACUGCAAAAACAACUGCAGAAGGUGUUUAUGUGUUAAAUAAUGUUACAGCUGGAGCUUACACUAUUCAGGCAAGCAAAGAACACUUUUUUUUCAACUCCAUUAAAGUUCAAGUGACUCCAAACACUCCUAGGCUACCAGAGAUAACUCCACAAGCAUAUCAUUUGUGUGGGGCUCUUAAAUUUGAUGAGUUUCCUCCUGGAGUCACUCAGUUGAAAGGACGUAAAAUGAUUCUACAAACAGAAGGAGCUUCGAUUGCCACAAGGUCAAUGUCUACCUCAGUUGAUGAAAAUGGCAACUUUUGCUUUAAAGUAUCACCAGGGACUCAUAUGAUUCAGCCAAUAAUAACCAUGCAAGAAGUCGCCGCUGGCUUGGCAUUGACCCCCAAAGAACAAGUAGUGACAAUAAAGAACAGUCCCGUUCUUGGUAUAACAUUCUCACAAUUCAGGGCAACUGUUACUGGGACUGUCAAGUGUAUUGGUGGCUCUUGUAGCGGAGUAUCUAUUACACUUCAAUCAGUGUCAAAUCCAGGCCUUCCAAAAGCAGAAGUCCAGGUGGCUGAAACUUCUUUUAUCUUUAAAGAUGUCUUUCCUGGAAAAUAUAAAGGAGUUUACAACCUGAUGCCACGUUCAUGCCAUCAGUUUGAGCAAGAAGUGUUCAAGUAUAACACCUCUGCACCAUCUGUGUUGACACUGACAGCCAUCAAACAUUUGCUCUCUGGCACAGUCAAGACUCAGGAACCUAUGAGUGAUAUUACAAUAAAAAUCAGGUCCCUGAAGUCCAAAGAAGUCACCAUCCUUGGACCACUGAAACCGGAAUCAAACGAAAAGAAAGAUUCCAGUGAUGCAAACAGCAGCAAACCAGACGAGGAAAAACAACAGCUUUCAUACAACUUUUCACAUUGGGGAAGGCGCGGCGAGGAAUUUGAAAUUACCCCAGUGUCUUCAGAACUGUUGUUCUACCCUGAGAAUAAACUUGUCACCAUCUCUGAUGACUGUCCGGCAGCAUGGGCUGAGUUUGAAGGAAGAAAGGGUGUGUUCAUUGAGGGACAAAUCACCCCUCCCCUGAGUGGCGUGCAGAUUGUCAUUUCCUCAGCCGGAGAGCAGCCGAUUAGCGAUAUUAAAGUGGAAACAGACACGAAUGGAAAAUAUAGGGUGGGUCCCCUGCAUGGUGGCGUUGAAUACUCGCUGGCUGCGAGCAAAGCAGGUUUUGUACUCAGUCCUGCGGCUGGUAAGAAGGGAGAUUUUCAAGCGCUGAAGCUUGGGCAGAUUGACAUUACGGUGACAGAUGAAGACGGCCAGCCAUUAUCAGCAGUUCUUCUGUCACUCAGUGCAGGACAGUUUCGCAGUAACAAUCUCACUCUAGAAAAUGGCUCCAUGGUCUUCGCCAACUUGGGCCCAGGACAAUACUUUUUCCGUCCGAUGUUAAAGGAAUAUACCUUCACGCCUCCUUCGCAGAUGAUUGAUGUGGGUGAAGGUUCAAUUGUUCAACUGCAGGUCAAAGGAAAAAGAGUUGCGUUUAGCUGUUUUGGGGCGAUUUCCUCGCUAAAUGGUGAACCAGAGAAAGGCGUGGCAGUUGAGGCGAUCGGUCUGGAAAGUUGCGAAUCUUUUCAAGAAGAAACAGUUUCAGAUCAAGAAGGACAAUACCGAUUACGUGGACUUCAGCCUGGCUGUAUGUACAGAGUUCGAGUAAAGAUCGGAGACAGCAAUCCGCAUAUCGAGAGAGCUUCCCCGUCAUUUAUUGAUAUACAGGUGUCUUCAACAGACCUUCAGAAUGUUAACAUGAUCGCCUUCCGUCACAUCAAUCAAUUUGAAAUCACGGGAAAUGUGGACACGGACAGUAAAUUCGUUUCAUCUCUAAAGGUAACGCUGUCUCCAGAGAGUAAUCCAGAGACUCCAGUAUUCACGACUCCCGUGAGUGUGGCCAGUUACUUCCAGUUUCCGUCAGUGCCUAAUGAUGGACAAGUGUACAUCGUUCGUUUGGAGUCUUCCCUCUCAUCACUUAACUAUCAGUACAUCCGACCUGAAUCUACGGUCACUGCCACUGGAGUGCGGGCUCAUGUUACGUUCAAGUUUGAACCACAGCCGCGUAAAGUUGAACCGGAACCAAGCCAAGGAUCAUUUCUGACGUUACCUUUGUUAGUGAUUCUGAUUGUGUUAGCUGUGAACCACAAUAAGCUCAUUCCUUUCAUCCAGCAAGUACCUCAAUUCAUACAGGGAGUAUCCGCCGACCAACUACAGGCUCAGUUCGAGGAUCCUUACAGGAACAAGAAGAAACCAAAAGAUACGCGACGAAGAUAACAAAAAGUACGGUCUAGGAAUUAUGUCGAAUUAUUUUAAUGCGUCACAACGAUUCAAUAUUUACACGAUGCCUGAAGAAACAUCCCAAGCAAGAACGUCCCUUUUACAUUUGUAUGUUUAAGUUGUCACAAGAGUGCUCUUGGUGAAAAGCGACGAGAGAAUACUUCGUAUCGUCAUUGCUCAUCGAGCGAGUUCUGUGACGCGCUUGGUGUUGUCUUGAUAAUCGCUUCCGGUUGUUACGUUCUGUCGGCAUUGUUUUCUGAACAGUAUUGUUCUCUGAAUAGUCUAAGAAAGGUAUAAAAACUCUUGGUUAGUCUCUGACACUUCUUGUAGCUUCCAAGGGGAAAUUAGGUCUCAUUGAAAAGAUUUUUACUGAACUUAUGCAAACUUUGACCACUAGAUAAACUUACCCCGUUAAAAAUGUAAUAAAUUUAGUUAAUUAUCA